CCCCCAUCUCUCUUUCCUUGAAGACAAUCUUUGCUUGGCUUUUGCACAAGCAAACAGCACAGACACGGCCGCUCACUCUCUGAGCCAGGUCUCACUCAGCGCCACCACCUCCCCCAUGUGAUGUGAAGCCGUCCCCUGUCUCCUACCUCUCUCUCUCUCUCUCUUGUUCUUUCUCUCUCCUCCAUCUUGGACACAGAGCCCUCCUUACCUUAUCACCAAUUCACCAUACAAGUCAGUAGUCACUGCUGCAUUUGUUUCGGUGCACUCUGUCUCUCUGUUCUUGCUCUGUCUCUGCUUUGCUUUGGUCCUCCUCUUCUUCUUCCUCCACAGAGCUCCUCCCCUCACCCAGGGCUUGGUUGGGUCAACUGUCUCUACUCUCUCUUCCUCCCUGCUCAGCUCUUUGAUUGCUCCCACUGUUGCAGCUAUUCUUGGCAGGUUUCUCUGUUCCCACCGGUGGUGGUUGCUGCUGCUGUUCCAGUUCCUAACCGUUCUUGGUUCUCUCUCUGUCAGAGUGGUAGGAUACAGCCACAUAGGUGGCGAAAUCCUGAGCUUUAUUUGUAGAUUCAGCUUCCCUGCUCUCUGGCAAUCUCUGAACAAGUUCUGAGCUUUUGAGCGGCAGGAGAAAAAUCUGACCUGGUUUCUCUUAGCAAAAAAAAGCAAGCUUUUUGAGGCAGCUUCCAGCUUUGCUUUCUUGCUCUUGUUCGUGUUCUUGGAUUCUUUCGUCCUUUCCCUCUAAUGGUGGAUCCCAACUAGUUUGCUUCGAAGAAGAAGGCAAAAGAUGCGAGCUUUGAGCAGAAUAGGUGUUGGGCUCGCGGUGGUGUCGGCGCUCCUCCUUCUCGCGCUCACCGCCGAGCUCUACUACAUCUUCGUGCACAAGCGCCGGCUGCGGCGGCGCGCUGCCGCCAUCUCCGAUGCGGCCUCGUCCCCGUCAUCCUCCUCCCGCGAGCUCCUCCAGCUCUUCUGCUUCAAGAAGCCCCCCGCCCUCGCGUCCACCUACGCGGUCCAGGAGCCGUCGUCCGCCGUGGCCGUGGCCGUCGGCGGCGACGGGGAGGACGGCGACGACGACGAGACGGUGGAGGCGCAGCUGAUGCGGCUCGGCAGCGUCGUGGGCCCCACGAGGCUGCUCUUCACCAUCAAGGAGGAGACCCGGGAGGACCUCGAGUCCGACGACGGCCACAGCCGGAGCCGCAGCCUCGGCGAGCUGCUGCAUUGCUCCGAGACGCCGCCGUUCCUCACGCCGCGGGCCUCGCCGUCGCCGGUGCUGGACAACUCCUACAACCCGCUGUUCGAGUCCCCGGCGACGAGCCCGGGCCCGGCCCCGGCGGUAGUGUCGCCGCCGCCCAAGUUCCAGUUCCUCAAGGACGCCGAGGAGAAGCUGUACCGCCGGGCGCUGGCCGAGGAGGCCAUGAGGGCGCGGAGGUCGCCACCGCCGCAGCAGCAGCCGGCGUCGCCGGUGCCCGGAAGGGAGGACGGCGGGUACAUUACCAUCGUGGUGGGGAAGAACAACCGGUCGGUCAUCCCCCCUGCCGCCGCCGCCGCCGCCCACAGCCGGCGGUGGCCAUCAGUGAGCGAGGGAGUUGUUCAGAUGGACCAGAGGUUUUGACGGAUGGAUUAACUUGCUUGAGCAUUACUACCUCUGCUUCAGUGUUCUAGUGUAGCUCUUGUGGAUGUAAACUUUCUUCUUCCUUUUUUUUGUUUGGUCUAUGGUCUUGUGAUCAUGCCAAAUUGGAUUAUUGGAUGUAUAUAACAUCAAAGUGAUGAGGAAUUGAUAAGCUCAGAUCAAUAUGUUCAUUUUUUUUUCUUUUCUUGUUCUCAGUCGAUUUUGUGACCUUGUGAGGUGUUAAUUUUUGGAGGCACAAAUGUGUAGCUUGGUGCAGUGCUUCAGUGGAACCUAGCUUUUUGGUAUGUGUUUUUUCUUGGUGUCUGAUUGUACUUGUAAACGGUGUAUGGAAUAAUGGAAUGAGGCAUACAGCUAGCUAUGCACAUGAUAUGAA